UUUGCAUUUUUGUGCUUCUCUUUUGCAGUCAUUUUCUCUCAUUUCAAAGACAUCUCCUGUUCACUUCCGAAUUUAUUAAAACAUGACUGAAUCUCCUCUACUGAAUAUUCCCUCCUCAAACCAGAGUGAAAAUCAGAGCAACUCAACUAUUUGCCCAGACUUGGAACACUGGUGGGACAUCGUGUACUAUAUAGUACCCAAGUACCUCAACACUGUCUGUGUUUUUGGCAUGCUUGGAAAUGUGCUUGUUCUCUUCAUUUAUUCACUGCACAAAGGCCCCCUGAAGAUAGCUGAAAUCUACCUUAUGAACCUAGCUGUUGCUGAUCUUGUCUUCCUGGUGUGCCUCCCUUUCUGGGCAGAGAACAUUGCUAAUGAGUUUAACUGGCCGUUUGGCACCUUCCUGUGCAGCAGCAUCAGCGCCUCCAUCACCCUGAACAUGUACACCAGCAUCUACUUGCUCGUGGCCGUCAGCGUGGAUCGCUACUUGACUUUUGUCCAUACCUUGAACCACAGAGAGAUAUGGAGCAAAACUAUGACCAAAAGGAUCUGCUUGCUCAUCUGGUUCUUUUGCAUCCUUCUGAGCAUCCCAGCUUUCAUGUUCCGGACAGUGAAAGACUUUCCCCAGUGGAAUAUUACAGCAUGCACUAUGGACUUCCCCACCCCCUGGUGGGAAACAGCUGAAAACCUGGUGCUCAACGUGGUGGGGUUUCUGCUACCAUCCACAGCAAUCACCUUCCUCAAUUUCUCCACCAUUCGGUCCCUACGAAAAACAGCAAGGGAACGAAAAGCGCUCGGAGCAAAGGGGUGCAAGUGGCACAAAGGCACCAAGGCAACCAGGCUGAUCUUCACUGUGGUACUGAUGUUCCUUUUCUGCUGGACUCCUCACCAUUUUUUUGUGUUCCUUGAUAUGUUAUACCGUAGAGAAGUGAUCAAAGGCUGCUUCUGGGAGGAAUUUAUCAACUUUGGGGAGCAGUUUUCUUUCAUGCUGGCUACCACCAACAGCUGCAUUAAUCCUGUGAUUUAUGUCUUUGUUGGGAAAUACUUCAGGCAAAAGGCUUUACAAGUUUUUUCACAGUUUAUUCCCUGUGGAUUUCCUUUGAGAUGGGCAUCUUUCAAAGAAAUGUCUUCAAAUUUCAAAGUGUUUCCAGUCAAGAGUAGUUUAACAUAA